GAAGAUGCCUAACUCAUGUCUGUGCACCUGCAGGAACCAAGCCCGUGAGAACUGAUGCUGUGGCUGGAAAACAAACUGAAACUUGGCCACUUUUUAAAGUUUCUACGGUUUGUCUGGGCCUGCUGUGUUUCCUCCUUCUGACCACGGCCAUCGUAAUCAGCAUUCUCUAUAAAAAAGACUUUAAUCAGUUGUCCAGAGACCUGGCCAAUCACACAGCAGAGAAUCACCGGCUCCUGGUCCAGUACCAGAACCUGACUGAUGAAAGAGACAAGUUACAAACCAGUUUGACUGUUGGUAAGUGCCCUGAUGGAUGGAGGAGAUUUGGUUGCAGUUGUUACUUCUUUUCAACAUCAGUUAGCACAUGGUCUCGCAGUAAACAGAUGUGUCAACUCCACGGAGCAGACCUGGUGAUCAUAAACAGCCAGAGCGAGAUGAUGUUUCUGAAUAAGGUUAGAGCUCAUUCAAAGUUUUGGAUCGGUAUGGAUGGUACGUCAUCCAGCUAUAGUAACAAGUGGACUGAUGGAUCAUCACUUAAAACUACGUACUGGCAAGAUGGACAUCCUCAAAUAAGCCACAUGAGAUAUUCGCCUUCCAAUCAGAUUUGUGCAGCUUUUAACAGCUUUGCAGUUGGUUCGUUUGUGAGGAAUAUUAAGUCAUGGACUAGUGAGUCCUGUAACCUAUUCCUAUGGUCAGUUUGUAAGAAAGAGGCUGACAUGUCCCUAACGUCCUGGUAAACUCAAAAGACAUUACAAAGAAAAGUUUAAUUCUCGUAAAUUAAUUCUGAUCGAGUGCUGCUCAUGAUUAAGUGACGUUUCCCAAUUAAAACUAAGACCAUUCAUUGUAAACGUGAAAUAUUAAACAUGAAUUAAAUACACUUUAGGUGACAGGCUUAUUCUUUAAAUAAUUGGUAAAUAAUAUUAAACGUAGAUGAAUAAUUUUUUAUACAGCAUCAACAGCAGUAGUCCUGUCAGGGGACUUUAAUGGAAUAAGACAAAAUAAACAGUAUAGAAUAAAUAUAUACAAAUAAUAACGGAAAAUACAGUAUGUACAAUGGCUUACAUUUAUGUAGCAGAAUUAAGUCUAUAUAGAAAAUACAUUUAGGCUGGAUGCAUAUAGCUAUACUUGACUUUUUCUUUUCCAAAUGACUUUUUAAAGGUUAAAAAAUCUUAUUCCAGACGUGUUUAAACGGUUUCAGAACUAAUCAGAAAACACAUCACAUGACUCUUCAACCUGGGGAUGUGCAUGCUGGAGUAAAGUAAAUGGACUUGAGCUUGUAGAGCGCUAUUCUAGUCUUCUUCAGGUCAAACCUAUACACAUUCACAGACAGCUGUCUGGAUUGAACCCCACACCUUCUGGAUAAGAGAAGACCAACUCUACCACUGAGCCACAGCUGCCCAAAGAUCUACCAUUUACUGUAUAUAAAGUAAAGCCAAAACCAUGUCUAAAAAACAUUUAUUUGAUGUGUAUUUUGAUUGAAAAGUUUGACCCAUGUUCCAUCAGUUAACAUGGAGGAGGCGGAGCUUAUGACCUAAACCACAGCCAGUCAGCAAGAGGAGCUCUCAAUAUUUUUGCUUCCCUUUUAGGGAGCUGUCUUUUUAUCCAUUAUAUAUUUUAAAACAGUCUCUCAACAGUAUGGACAAACAAAACAUUGCUUCAUGAAGGGCUGAUAACUCCAGUGAACAUGAAAACUGCCAAAUUAAGCUUUUGAGCACCUACAGGCUGUAGCUUUGUGAAAGGGCUCAUCGUUUGACAAACUAAUGAAAUUAAUUAUUUAUCACUUCACUUCUACCGAAACCAUAACAGACUAUCUUGAAACAAACACAGUAAGCCUCUAAAGCACACAAAAUCUGACUCAUACAUUGAUGUAAUUGUCAUCAAUUAUAAUAAUAAUAUAAUUAUAAUGUACAGUAGUUCACUUGAUUAAGGGCAUUUAUUCUUUUCUCUUUAUUAUUCUAUGUUCUGUUUCAUUAAAAUAUUUUUUUGGCCUCCUCAUCCUCACCGUGCUUGCGUUCUGAUUCAGCCACCAGGGAGUGCAAAAGUCAAAAAUGUAAUGAGCCAGAGCCUUUACACUUUGUGCAAUAUCGUGUUUUUUUUCAGUCAAAUUCAAGAGGAGACUCAGCUUUCUAUGCAAAAGUAAAAGUGAUUGUAUUGAUUGUUCUGAAUCUUUAAUAGAAUAUUGGAAAUAUAUAUGUAUGGUACUUCUUUUUUCACCUUUGGUUUACUGUUGUUUUUUUGUUAUGGAUGUGAAACUGCGCAUGCUUUGGGUUGCAAGAAACAUGUUGGGAAAAAUAUUCAGAUAAUAUGAAAUAAAAUAUUCUGAAUGAAAAAAUCAUCAACAAAAAAGGUCAAAACAAAAUUGAGCUUGGAUGAAUGAAGAUGGAGUAUCAGUUAAACAUACUCACAUACGAACAGUGCUGACUUUGUCUACUGUCUUCCUCUUCCUCUUUCCGUUAAAGGAAACCAUUUUUUUUUUACAGCACCUUAUCUUCAGCACCUGUCAUGCUAACCUUAUUAAUAAAUAACUGACAUAUGAUGA